GGCCACAGUCAUGGCGGCACCGGUCGCACAGUUUGAUGAAGACUGGCAGGAUUUUAACGAAUUCAAAGCGGCCGAAAAGCCGCACAGCUGGACCGCGGAACCGGAGGAUUCACCGGAGACCCCCAGCUUUACCUCUUUUGAGGAGACGCUGAGCGCGAGCUUCCCGCUCUCCAACAACAACGAGUGCACGAGCGUUUGUGUGCGCGCCGUGAGCGAGGGCGAGCUGCUGCGCGACGACGAGAUUUGGAAUGCUCUAACAGAGAAUUAUGGAAAUGUCAUGCCAGUGGAUUGGAAAACCUCUCACACUCGUUCACUGCACCUCCACACACUGAACCUCCGACCUCAAGAGCCGGUGAAGGUCAGUAAUCUUGACGUUUCUGAUGAUGAAGAGCUCAGAGAUCAGAUGGACAUGCACACCAUCAUCAUCUCCUGUGUGAACGAGGAGCCGCUGUUUACUGCAGAACAGGUUAUAGAGGAGAUUGAAGAGAUCAUGCAACAGUCUCCAGACGGAGAGGAACAUGAGAGUCUGUCCCAGUUUGACCUCUCCACGAUGUCCCAUGAUUUAAACACACUCACACAUUCGAGAUCCAGCAGCAGUUAUGAGGAACGGUUACGUGGUCUGUGUGUGUCUGAGCUUCUGGAGCAUCUGGAGGAGGUGGAGAGGCAGAUCCGUGGUUUCUCAGAGGAGUUGAUUGAUCAUCUAGCUGUGAGGGAGGAGCUGGACUUCGAGAAGGAGGUGAAGAACACAUUCAUCUCAGCUCUCAUCGAUGUGCAAAACCGACAGAAAGAACAUCGAGACUUGCUGAAGAAGAGGAGGAAGAUGAAGACCACAGCAGGUGUCCAGAGAUCUGACCGCUCACACGUGCCGGGAACUUAUUUGACGACAGUGAUCCCGUAUGAUAGGAAUAAUGGAGCCCCAUCUGUAGAAGAUCUGCAGAUUCUGACCAAGAUUCUUCAUGCUAUGCGAGAGGACAGUGACACAGUUCCUCCUCUUCUUACCGACUACAUUCUCAAAGUGCUGUGUCCCACUUAAAGUUGUGGAGCUGAAUACUGGCUUAUCUCAUCGGUAUGGAUGACAUCUAUUUGUCUGCACCUGCGGAUGAUAUUCCUUUAUAAUAAUGCACAGAAUUUACCCCAAGUGGCAUUUUAUUUGUUCAUCUGAAUGUAUUUUUUUGUUUUAUGUCGAUUUCAUCAAGUGUGCAUGCUAGAUUGCAGUAUUUUAGUUGGUUAGUUUUAGUUUUUUUGCAGAAUGACUCUAUUUCCUAAUGCAGUUCAUGUAUCCGUAUCAGUGUUGUACCGUUUCCUCUAUUUUAGUUGAUCUUUUAGCACAGUGGAGCUAUUGUGUAACAUGUAGCGGCACAUUUACAUUGACAUCAUAUUCAGAUGAGUUGGUUUUCAACUGCAGGUCUUUGCUGUUUCCUUUUCUGGAUGUAGAAAUUCAAUCCAUCAGACGAGUGGAACAGUUUUUAGGAAGUCUUUAGCAGCUGGUGGGCUUUCUAAUAAUCUGAAUGCAAUGUUUCCAGCCAAGAUUGGAAAACAUGGUAGGGAAGUCGUGUAUGUAGCUGUAAAGUAAUUUUAAAGGUUAUUAUAAUCUCAGCACAAAAACCUUUGUCUUUCAGCGAGAGUUGAACAGAUUAAUCUACAGCAGCACUUAAUGAACAACAGAUUUUUGCUAGGAAUCUUUGACUUGUACUGCACUGUCAAUCUCUUAACAGCUCUGGGGUUUGCGCUUCUAAAUGCUCAAUAACAGUAUUAAUAUUAUUUUAAUGACGUUUGUCAUAUUAAGUUCACGAGUGAGAAGCAGUUGCUCAGUUAAAGAUUGAAGGGUUGGAUCUUUGACCUCAUGAAGUGAGUGUAUUGACUGAGAUAUUGGCAGAGGAACAUGGUUUAAUAUAAGAAGUGCAUAACAUUUUACAAAUCUUUGCAAUUUGAUUUCUGUUGUUGGGUGCAAAGAAAUAACUACAGUACAAAAAAACACUACUAAAGAGGUAAACACAUCUGUCUGGCCUCACUGAGGUCCUGUACUGAGAUUGAAUGAUUGUCACAGACUUCUUUGAUUGUUUUUCUUGAUUGAUGACACACAGAUCAGAGAUGAUAUUUUUGUAUGUGUAGUUGUAAAUGCUGAAUGUUGUUUUUUGAGGUUGAGAUCUCCUGUCGAGUCCUGCAGAUGCACAACCUUAAACUCAGGAAGAAAUCAUGUGUCUGUAUGAAAUAAAUGUCACCAUGGUCAUAGUAUGUGCAGCCCUGGAAUGCUCAUGUUAAAGGGAUAGUACAGCCAAAAAACAAAACAAAAAAAAAUCUGUUAACAUUUACUCUAUCCUCAUGUUUUCUGCAACCUGUAUGAUUUUCUUUCUUCCAUGGAACACAGAAGGGAGCUGUUUGGCAAAAUGAUGGCCCCCUUUACACCAUGUAUUACGAUGUGUGAUCCGAUAACAUAUGGUCAGGUGAGACAAAUUGCUGUUUACACCUAGACGUUUAAAUUCAUCUUCUGUGACCACUUGUGUUCGUAUUUGGAGGGGAGGGUCUCUAUUUCAUGACGACAUGCAUAAAUCACUCUGUCAGUGUGUUGCUGCAGGAUACUAAAGCAUAACAAAGUCAGAAAAGACAAUUAAACAAAAAAAGCAUGAUAAAGAAACUGUGUGCCGUUUCUCCCAGAUGCGGUUGAAAUUUAAUCUUAAGCACAAAUGCAAUAUGUCAAGCAGAAUGAUCCGUUAUCCUUGCUUCUCAUCUGUGUUGAUAUCAAACACACUUAAGAUCCGUGAAGCUUUUUACAUUUUCCAAUAGGGUGGUUAUUUCCUUUUUGAAGCUGCUACUAAACCGCAAAGUUUAAACUCUUGUUUUAGCGCAGCAGUUGAAUGACAGGUGAGGUGUGGCGCUUCACUGCUGCCGGGACUCCUACAGGGCGGAAUAACGCUUCCACCUCAAAUGUGUGUUUUUUUAAAAAAAUGUUUUUUACCACAUUCGUAUAUGUGAUUUUUGUGAUUCAAUCACAUAACAUUUUAGACCUCUAUUUAGGGCUGACCACAUGUGAUCGGAUCACCCGAAAUGCAUCUUAAUACAGGUGGAAAUGGUCACCCCUCACUUUUAUUGUUUGGAAAAAGAUGCCAUGAAAGUGAAUGGAGACUGAUUUUGGAGCAAUAUUAGAGCAAGUAAAUUAUACAAUUCUAAUGUUUUGGACUAACUAUUCCAUUAAAGCAAGUAAAGGUUUUUUUUUUUUUUUGUUUUGUUUGUUUGUUUAAAUUGUCCAUGUUUGAUUGAGAUUAAGGUCAAUUUUGUUUCGUGUUUGUAACUCAUUCAGAAUAAAAAUGCACUUUGAAUUUGUCUCUAAAAGGGAAUAGAGCAGAUUUCGUUAAACACAACAUUCACCUAAAACAUUAGUGAACUACAACUCUUAUAUGUAGCUCUUUGAGUUGUCAUGAAUAUGUUUGUCAGGUUGAAGUGGCCUGACGCACACAAACAUAUUAGUCAAGUUCAUCAGGGUACACAUUCUAUAAUAACUAGAGAUUAUAUAUUUAUAAAAACAAUAAUCAAGUGCUGCCUUUGUAAGUACAUGAAGUUUUGUACAUUUGAAACUGACCUUAUUUGUAAUGCAAAGUUCUUUUGGUCAUUUUAAAUUCAUAUUUUAUAAGCAAACAUGUAUGUAG